UGUACAGCGGAAUAUGGUGUUGUGAAAGAGAUAUGAAUCUCCUAUUAUGGGCAGCCAUUCCUCUACCCAGAAGCACAUGAAGAUUUUUAAAAUAAGGACACUGCAAGGGAGUAGCAAGUAUGGAAUUGGCUGCAGGAACCUGAGGGAACUUCUGGAGAAAGGCUGUAAGAAGUUCCAGCUGCCUCUUAAGAGCGCUCGGGUCUGUUUGUAUGAAGAUGGCACAGAAUUAAGUGAUGAAUACCUGAGGAAUCUUCCGGAUAACACAGAACUUGUCUUUCUGACUCCUGGACAGACCUGGGAUGGAUUUGUCACCGACAUCGGCCGCUUGCUAAAUGCAUUUUACACACGACAGACAGAUGUUACUGAAGCCGCCAGAAAGCUGCUGACCGAUGAGCAGGCUCCACAGAGGAGGAAGAUUCUGGUGGACUUUAUUCAGAACCUGAAUGAAAAUAUCUUGGCUGAAAACCGGGAAGACGACAAAUCUUGGUUUGAAGGAAUAGAGCCGCGAUACAAGAACAAGUCCAGCUACAUGAGGAACAGCUGUGAAAGCAGAGUCCGCAGUUAUAUGAAGGAGGUUCAGUCCUUGGCUGCAACAUUAGAUCCACCGGUGAGAGAGGACUACAAGAUGCUCACAGAGACCAUGUGCAAUGAACUCCGAGCUGUGAAGUACAAUGGAUGUUACUUUGAUAGAACAGAAGAAAAGACCAGCCGUCUAUGUACUGCAGAGGGAUGGUUUUCAUGCCAAGGUCCUUUUGACGUGGAUGACUGCAGUUCCAGGCACUCCAUUAAUCCCUACAGUAACAAAGAGAGUAGAAUUCUAUUCAGUACCUGGAACCUGGACCACAGGAUAGAAAAGAAGCGGACCAUCCUGCCUCGCCUUACUGAAGCCCUGGGGGAAUGUAACGGGAGGCAAAUCAAUUGGAAGUAUUUCUUUAAUCUCUUGUUUACUGUGGAAAACUUGAAACUGGUUCACAUAGCCUGCCAUAAGAAAACUGCGCAUAACCUGACGUGUGAUGACGCCAUGAUUUACAUCAAAAGAAAACCUGUCAGGAAGACAAAGAACUGAAAGGAAUCCUCAAGACACACAUUUUAUAUAACUUAUUUUUAUUUUUAGCAGCUUAUAUAUUAUGUCUAGUGUUGAGCGAAGAAUGUAUGGGCUCCGAUGAGCCAAGUUAGUCAUUCACGAAGCCGUGCAUGAUAACUUCGGUAAUUGAUUUUUGUAGUGGAAAAGAACUUUGAAACUUGGAACCGAAGCAGAGUUCUUUUUCAACUGGUACCUCGGAACCGAAGCCAAGUCCGGUUUCAAGUUUUAAAGUGGUUUUUCACUUUAAAAAUCAAUUACCGAAGUCAUGUGCCACUUUGUAAAUAACUUUGGCUCAUUGGAUGCCAUACAUUCUAAUACUGUACAGAGACUAAUCUUUGUACAGUAUUAUUCCAAAGUUUUGAAGUAAGCGGCUUCGGACGUGGCCCAUGCCCGAAAAAGACAGCCACAUGUUUGGUAACUCAUCAUCGUUGCUUUUGGGAGAGAAUUAUGAGAAGCCAUAGGAAAUCUAUGUGAAAGUCAUCCCCGGAGGCGCAUGUCAGCGUGUACGGAAAUAUUUUGUACCGGGUAUCACUUCUGCAAGGGGUAACAAAAGCGUGUGGCAUAUUGCAAAUGGCUACUGUAUAUAAUCGCAGAUGGACAAUUGGACUUAUAACACAUCAUGUCCGAAGAGUGUGCUUCCAUCUAAACACGUGUGUUAAUUGCAUUCACACAGCACGAGCCAAAAAUCGAUGUUUGGUGCGGGGCUAUCAGGAUCGUGGAUGCAAUAUUCUUUAAUGAAAAUAGGAACACAUGUGUACAUGGACUUCUUCGACCAUUGCCAUGCACAGUUAACACAAGCAUGAGUAGCGUUUAUUUCAGCAAGAUGGGGUAACUUGCUGUACAUGGUACGGUUUAAAAAAAAAAAAAAAGACAGGUUCAACAAAAGGGACAGGUGGGGAUGCGAAUCUUCUACACAUUAAAAUAAGCAUUAAUGUUAUUUAAUUUUAAGAUUUGGUCUAAGCCCUUUUUAAAACUGUCCAAUGUUCCUGCUGUGACCAGGUCCUGAGGUAGACUAUUCCACAGUUAUUGUCAAGAAGCCUUGAUGCUUCUGGAGCCAGAACCUUUUUUUCCCCCAAUCGGAGGCAGUGCCCCCUUGUCUUUUGAGUGGAUUUUUAUAGCUUAAUAAUGUCUCUUCCCAAGACUAAAUACAUUUCUUUUAAUCUUUCCUCAUUACUAAAACCCUCCAUGAAUCAGUUUAGAGAUGAGGCCGCACCAACGCUUUGUAAAGUGGUAGUAUUACAUCCCUGUGCCGUGAGUCCAUGCCUCAUGACAUUAUCCAGUUUCACAUAAAUUCCCUUGCCAAGUUCAUGCAGCAUGCUUAGAAGAACAUACAGUAGGCAAAGGGUUGUGACCUGCACAGUCGCCAAACCUAAAUGUGUGUAACUUAUCUGUGGAGUUACCUGCAGGGUAAGGUUUAUGAAAUAAAUCCCCAGACAUUGCCCAAACUGAAAUGUGGCGUUACCAAAUUUAAAAUGCGCACAACUGUGCAUAGCUGCUGGUGGAAACCACUUCCAGCAUCUCCUGUAACUGAUAACUAUGUCCUUCUUCCACAUUCCUGUGCAAAGCAAACAAGUAAAUAAAUGUAUUUUUCAUGGCCCACACCGUAUUAAAAUAUCUCCAGUGGUAUCUACAAACCAUGAUCUUACAUUGUUGUGUGCUGCAUUUAGCCUGUUACAGAACCAGUGGAGUUUCAGCCCUCUGAUGGUCAGUGACUUUCCAAAAUUACUUGGUAGCUCAUAUUACAGCCACCACUCCUAUAUACAGCUUGAAUCCAUGCCAAGGCUGCUGUGAUCACAUGACUAAACUAGCAAAUUCCAUCUAUAGGCAUAUAAACAGUUUGCAGUUCUGUUUGGUGACCCUCCAGUUCAAGAAAAACAAUUCUCAUUAACUGGGGAAUUAGCAAAACACUUACCUGAUGCCCUUCUUUUCAGCUGCAGAUCUGCCAGUUCCUGGGCUGCUAUUCAAGGCGACCACACUGGUUCUCAGACUACCUGAUGUAUACUGUGCACCUCCUACACCAAGGACACUUCCUGCUCCCUUCGGAUUGGCCAGCAGUGCUCAAGCAGCGCUGUGCUAUCCAAGACCAGGGAAAUGUUUUGGACCAUCAAUACACAGUGUGUAUCAGAUAGUCUGAGAAGCGGUGCGGCCAUCUUGUAUAGCUAAAGAGUAGGCCGAGGUAAAGAUAAAAAGGAGGUUACCGGGUAAAUGUUCUGUUCGUUCCCCAGUAACUGUGAAUUUAUUUUUUCUUGAACUAGAGGGUUGCUUUACGAUGUUUAAUUUAUUAUCAUGAACUAUCUCUGAAGGGGAAUCGAGCAGGGAGGAAGUAAUGGGCUGCAGUAAAUCAGGUUUCUGGCUGUUCCACUCCAUACUGAAAUUGCUAAGAUAUGCCAUCAAUGUCAGAUAGGAGUGUGUCCCAGAUGUGGGACCACCUGCACCUAUCUAGAGAAUGGGUCCUCUAAAGUGAAGGAGAGCAUACCGCACAUGCACAGUGUGCUCUUCAUUUAUUGCUGUAGCCAAGUUCACUCCAUUAUGGUUCACGGUCCCAAAGUGGUGAAUGGAGAACUCCACAAUCACCACUAUAGGACUGCUGGAAGUAGCCAAGCCAGCACUCAGCUAUUUUUGGAACUACCAUGGUGGUGAACAGAGGGUGACCGCUCUCUGUUCACUCCAGGAGUCCCAUUCUAGAAAAAGAACCAGGUCCCAGACAAGGGAGCCGCACCAAUCUGACAUUGAUCCUAGCGCUAUUCCAUCAGUCCCAGGUGGGCCAACCCCUUUAAGAUACUAAAAAGCACAGAUCACUCAGGUUUUAAUUCUAGAUUAGAAACGUGACUUAACACUCAGAUUAAUAUUUUAAGUUUGCUGGAGGUAUGCUAUACACACUAUAUCAUUUCAUAUCCAGAAUAAUGUCACAUGCACUGAUGAUUUUAUACAUACUUUGUCUUGCAUUGCUAUUAAAAUAAUAUUUUUUUAACUUAUCUUCUCCAUCUUGUCGUGCAUUGAUAAAGAAAUGUUUAGUGUUGUAUGGGGGCAGGUGGCUGGUGA